AAUAAUUUUAAAUAUAGUAAAUUAAGAUUAUCUGUGAUAAAUUAUUUGUAUAAAAAUCUAAUUGUUUCUUAAAUCUUUACGUAAAGAUUAACAAUUUUUCCACAAAAUGUGGUAUAAUACAGAUUCUUAACCCAAUUAAUAUCCUACUCUAUUAGUAGAUUAAGUAAUUAAGUCAAUAUUAAGUAUAUUAUAUAAUUAAUGUGUAUAUUAAACGGUAGAACUAUGAAUAAGUCCAAAACUUAAAUGACAACUUUCAUGGUAGAUAAAAAUAUGACUCUAUUUUAAUAGAGUACACUAGAUUUUGACCCACGUUUGAGAAACACGGGUUUGUUUUUGAAAUUAAAUAUGUUUUUUAAAAAUAAAUUUUUAUAUAAGUUUGUGUAUAGGUUUGGGCACAUUUAUCUGAAACCGCGACCUGGAUCGUAAAAAAAUAAAAAAGAAAACGAAAAGUACAAUAUAACUGAAUAUUAUAAAUAACCAAGGAUAUCAUAUAUCUCUAAGACCAAAAUUUUAACACCGAACCGAAAAUCAAAUGAGUACCUAAAUUUAAAAAUUAUCCGAAUUAUUAAAUAUUUUAAUUUGUACACCUUUUUAAACCCAAAAUUAUCAUAUAGAAAUUAUAAAAUGAGUUAAAUCUAUUGUUACCAAAAAUCUUGGUAAAAAAUAUAAGUAUAAUUGUUUUGAUACUUUGGUUGAUAGAAAUAAGUAAAAUGAUGUAUUAGUGUCGUAAUAAAUAAACUUGUAGACCAAGUAAGAUAAUUAUUUUUUGUUUUUUGUUUUGAUAAUCGUAUCUCUAGUAUAUUAUUAACAAAAAAAUCUUAGAAUAUGUCUACUUAGCAUAUUCACAAUAUAUUCAUUUUUUGUUAACAUAUUCUUACAAUUUAAAGCUUUAAUUUUAAAUUUGUAAUUAUCAACCAAUCUUAUGGUUUAAAUAAUAUGUAACUGUUUCAAGAAUAUGUAUAUGUGAUGUAAUGUUUUGAUGUAUUUGAAUGUAAGAGUACGAUUGUAUAACAAACAGUGUGAUGAAGAAUGUGGUAUGAUUGUGUCAAAUGGUGGUCUAGGUCUUUAACAUAGUCAUGUUUGACUUUUGAAUAAGUGACAUUUGAAUAAGAGUUUAGACAUCUUGUAUUUUUUCUUCGAAGAGAAGACAUGUAAGGUCAACAUAAGACAUUAAGGAGCUCUUUCAUUUAAAAAAAAACAGUCUGAUCAAUGGCAAGAUGGAGUGUAAUGUUUCAUAGUUCGUAGGUCAAUAGAAUGACAUAAUUUUGUAUAUUAGGAUAGAUCAGUCACGUUAUAAUCUUAAUGGGACAUGUUUAGAAGUCGUUGGUGGCCAAUAGAAUUGAUAUAGUUUUGGUAUAAUAUUUUAUUAAUUUGUAAAUAUAUGGUGUAAUAUUUUUGAUUUGUUUGUUAGAGCAAAAAACGGGUAUAGAUGUGGUAUAAUCUAAUUAACGUGUAAUGCUACAAAAAUAUAUGGUAAGACAAAAAAAGUAAAUCUAAUGAAAGGGUCUAAACAAUCUUUAUAAGUAGAUUUAUAAAGGGUCUAAACAAUCUUUAUAAGACUGCUUCCCUUUUAAUAGAAUAGAUAUACAACUGAUUAAGAUUGUUUGUCCGCCUAUAACCCAUAUACUUGCUGUGAUAAUAACACAGAUGGAAUAGAACAAGGACUUUGUUUCUUCAACCUGGUUGAGCUGAUGCAGAAUAUUUACGUUUAAUAUCUUGUGGAAGAGGUCUUUCCUCCAAAUUAUGCAUGAUAUGUGAGAGACCUAGAGGGAGAUCCGCUUACCAGAAAUCUCAAGAGGUUUUAUGGUAUAGCCCCUGCUUUGGUUGAGAUUUGUAUGCACAGUGGAGGUCGGGUUGCUCAAUGCUACAAGACUAUGAUGAGGCAUGACAUCAUUGUUCCUGACUCACAGGAAGCAAACUUCGUCGAUUAGGUCUUUGGACAUGUUCAUAGUAGAACACCAUUGCUAGGGUAAAGUUUAGGUCUUUGGACAUGUUCAUAGUAGAACACCAUUGCUAAAGAAUCCUCGUAAUAUUGUUGAUGAUAGAAUGAGAGCGAUGAUCUUUCUUCAGUCAUUUAGCGUAUCUGCCUGUGUUUAAAAUGUUUGUAAUUUUAAUAGAACAUUCCUUAAAUAUUACAUAAGAUAAAUAUAGUGAUGAUGUGAAUGUUGAUUCUUUGUGAAACACUAAAUGGAUUAUAUAUCCACCACUCAACCCAGUUAUACCGUGCAAAAUCUUGGACAAUCUUGUGCAAGUUUGUGUAAAUUUCAGUUAUCUAAAUAACUCUAAUGAGAUUAUGUGCUUUGAUAAUUUGCCAAAUGAAAAUAAUGUUGGACACAACUCCUAAAUCAGUAGGUGGAUGGUCGUCUUCUUCAAGAUAUACACAAGUAAAGAAAAGAGUAUAGACAAGCAUUGCUCUUAAAAUAGAUUCUUAAGAAACAGAGUAUUUUAUAGUGUUCUGUGAAGCUGCAUGUUGAUUGAAUUCUCUUUAGAAAAAGGUUGUUGUGUCGAGGAAAUGAUUUACUUGUUACACCUUACAUCAUGUACUUAGACAUAUCCACCGACAUGUUACAUACUGCUUUAAACAAUAUAUACAAUACAUCAUACCCAUCAAAAUGCAGCCCACCAUUUUAGUUAUCGUCUGCACAAAAUCUAACAAUGAUAUUUACUGCCUAACUGUAUUUGUCAGCUUUUGGUUGCAUAGUAUAGCCCUUAGUCUACAUAGAAGUUUGCUUCCCUAAAAUUAACUCUUGUCUAUCAUCUGGCUUACCUGUGCUUCCACGAAAUAAAUCACCAUUGAAAUGUCCAUCUCAUUAAUGGCAAUAGAACUAUCUAUUUAGUUAAUGUGUGUCCACGUGAACAAGAUCAGCACCAACACUUGUGACGAUAUAUAUAUAUAUAUAUUUUUUCUUGUGAUGAUAUUUUUGAAAUUCUCAGAUACACAAACCUAGGUUUUAACCAGUAACGACUCUCGAAUAUAUAUAGAGGAACAACUGAUCAUUUUAUUUACAAAAAUCAAUCAACUUUUAUUUUUGUUAAACGUAACUCGUCAAUAUCAACAUGUGUGUUACUUUUCUAAUUAAAAAAAAUUUGUUUUGGAAAGCUAGUUGUAAUGAUUUCAUAAUCCACUAUUUUAUCUGGUAUAUGAAACAUAUAUAUCAAUGUGUUUAAUUUCAGAUAUAUAACCAGGAUUAUGAAAAAAUAUUUGAAAAAUCAAGUUCAUGAUAAGUUUCAAAAAAAAAAAUCAAGUUCAUGAUAAAAAAAUCUAGUUCAUGAUAAAAAGUCCAGUUCAUGAUUAACAAACUAAAUGUUAAUAAAAAAUUGACAUUUAUUGUUUUUCUUGAGAAAAGGCUUUCUAAAAAAACAUUUAUUGUUACUUUUGAAGACGAUAUAAAAGAAAAAACAAUUCACGAACAAACUAAAAGUAUUGAAUUGUGGUUUUUUUUCUGUGGUUGGGUUAUAUAGGCAUUGACAAUGCUAUUGAUCAGGUUACGUUUUUAACCUUUUAUGUACAAAUUCAAAAGUUUAGGGUUACACACAUUUUUUGCUUAAAUUUGGGUUACGCACAUUUGAGAUAGUUCUUUGUUAAGUUGUAACUGAAUACAUGACAUACUUUUAUAUUUUAUUUGAUUCUCACGUUGUUGUGUGUGUGUUUUUUUAAUGAGAUUCAGUAGAUAACAAAAAGUAAAGAUGUGAAAUAACAUUGAUUGGUAAGUUUCGUGAUAUAAUUGUGUGAAAUCGAGAAGUUGAAAGAAAGAGUGAUGGUGUGAAAGUAAAAAUGAGGAGAGUCCUUUUGGGAAGAAAAAAAUUAAAUGCGUUUGAUUGAAAUCAAUAGUUGCUAUAGUACUAAGUAGUUAGUAGGAGGAAGCAAACAAGCAUGGGUUCUGUUUUCACUUGUUCACUUACUUUUAAAGUCGCACUGCCAAACUCAUUACAGUUUCCAUGUUCUUUGUUUCAAAGGUUUGUCCGAUACUCUCUUCUUCAUAAUGAAACACUACAUAUGUAACGUAUAUACAAAAGCUCUUUAAGUGAUUAAAAUUGUUUGGAACAUGACCAUAUCCAUUAGUAAAUUAAGUUUUUCGUACUCAUACUAAGAUCAACUGAUGACAUCAAGUAAUAUGAACCUUGAGAGAUACUAAGAUCAACUGAUGACAUCAAGUAAUAUGAACUAUAAUAUAAAUUACACCAUAUUAAUUAAGCUUGAAAUCUACCUUUCGAAUCUAGAGCCACUUGUAAGGGAGAUAACAUACAUAAGAAGGCAAGUAAGAGUAUCAUGUUGUUUUUCUGGUGAGUCGUAGCAGAAUGUUUGGGUUUUAUUCAUAAAGAAAAAAUCUAUUUAAUAUUUAUUUUAUUAAAUUACAACUGGUCAGCUUUACUGUUACCAUAAAUGAGUCCACAGGUUCACUUAAUGAGGCUGAGGAUGAUGAAUCUUCAUAUCAGAGACAUAAAUGAAUAACCUCUCUUUUUUUUUAUCGUAGCGACUAGCGAGAACGAGAUAAAGACGGACAUGCAUGAUUUCCACAUAAUUACCUAAUUAUUUUUAAACAAUAUUAUUUAAGUUACAUGCUUGAUUUUAUUUGUUCUUUUAUGCAUUAUAGGCUUAUAGCUUAUAUAUAAAUUUUAUCCACUCUAAUUCUUUUUGCCCCUUUUAUCAAACGUCGCUAUUUAUAACAGUCGACAUAUUUGCUUUCCUUCAUAUUAUAUCCUCAUCAAACAAACAAAAAACAUUUUGACUAAAAUAGAAAAUGAAGAUCAAGGGAUUAAUAUUGGCUUCUUCUCUCCUGAUUAUUGCAUUCAUUCAUCAUUCGGAAUCAGCUUCAAUGCGGAGUUUGCUAAUGAAGAAUGGAACGUACGAAGAUGAAGAAGCACAAGUUCUAAAGUUCGACUCCACGGAGAUGAUCACUAACACUACAGCUGUGGAGUCAAAACGGAUAAUUCCCACGGGUCCAAAUCCACUUCACAACAGGUAACUUUGAUCAUUCGAGAACAAGAUAUGUUACGUGCAUGUUGUUCUUUUUGUUGUUGUUAUGAUCUAUGAUCGUAUUGUCUAAUGUAAUGAUGAAUGUAUGAUAUACAUUUUAUAAUUUACGUUAACUACUCGAUAUUCUUUGCCUUUCCACACAUAUUUGUUUAAAACUUUGUUUCAAAGUGACUUAAAGAAACCAUAUGAUAUCAUACCGCAACCAAAUAUACCCUAUGGUUGGCUAAGUAGUGGAAAGUGGUUCUCUCCUUCUUCUUUUUUUAACAUAAGUUUUUUUUUCUGUUCAAGCUUUAUACGGGAUCGAUCCUUAUAUACUCCGCAUGAUCCAUAUACCGUCAUUCUUUUAGGAAAUUUUUAAGUGAAAUUUUUUCCUCUUCAUAAUUUUUGAUGUGCUAAGAUCUUCGGAUAUUUCUAACUCAUUUUAAAUGUUUUUUUUUUUUUUGAUAAAAGAAAAUUUGGACCAUUUCUCGAUUUGUGCGUGUCAUCCUUGCGCAGGGGCCAUGCUAAUCUUCUCUGUAUCGUUCCAAUUUUAUCGGAUGUCCCCGAAGGGACAAAGAUAAAAAUGUAUGUCUCAUUUUAAAUGUUAACUUUAAUUAAUUCCAAAUCUAUUUACAAAAUAUCCUUUUAUCACUUUUAGCAUAAACUAUAAAGUGAAGAUGGUUCAAUUAUUUUUAUGAAAAGUUACAUAUAUAUAUGCGCACUAAUUCAACCAAAAACCACCAUAAAUAUAUGACGGAGAAAAUAUAUCGCAUGGCUGGUAUUUGGAUAUCACGUUGAACCAUAUAAUAUUAUAAAAAUAUUAUGAGGAGGCAGAUGUUUCAGUUAUUCUUGUGAAUUUGUGUUUUGUAUAGACUGUGGACUUUUUCUUGGGCAGAAGUUUCUGAAACUAUAAUUUAAUUCACAUAUGUCAGAAGAAACUCACUUUAUAGUUAAUACUUAGUGUCUCCCAACUCCUACCUUGUCUACCUCUGUCUCUGUUACGAAUAUUGAUUAUGCAAUCUUGCAAGUAUGUUGUCUUUAUCAACAUUCUUUAGAUCAUUUUUCACCGUAAGUCUAAAUCUGAUCCCUAGACUCUAAAUCCAAACCUUAAACUCUAAGGGAAUAACAUCAACAUUAACCCAAAUCUUUAAAGUAUAAGAUGUGGAUUUAAGGUUUACGAUUUGAGUUUAGAAUCUAGGAUUUGGAUUUAAGAUAUAGAGUUUGAUUUUAAGUCUAGAGUUUGGAUUUAAGAUUUAAAAUCUAGGAUUUGGGUUUAGGAUUGAUGGUUUAGAUUUAGGUUUAAUGGUUUAAAUUUAUGAUUAAGAUUUUACAACUUAGAGUUUAGUUAGCAGCGUUAACAGUCGUUAAAAUUGGCAUCAUUAUUUUUUCUAUUAUUUUACUUUUUUUUUAAAAUAAUAUUUUUACUACUCAUCUACAUAACAAUUUGAUUGGUGAUAGGAGAUGCGGUGAAUUUAAAGGUUCACUCCCUUUUUUCACACAAUAGUUGAUUGAUACCAAAUUGUAUAUCACACUUAAUUCUUUCUCUCACAAUUCCACAUAUCUUUUGAUAUCCUUUUGUUUUUUUUUUAAAGAAUCAUUUUUCAGUGUCCUCUGUGUUUUAGACCUUUUAUUUACGUUCCUCUUGUUUUACUUUUACAUCAUCCGUGUCUUGUGUAAACUAUUUCUAUAUUUAUCACUCUGAGAAGAAUAAUAGCACAUUCGAUAAGCAAUCCUAUUAUAAAUCUAACUAGAUUCUGAUCCUUUUUUUAAAACGCGAAAAUAUUUAACAAAUUUUAAUUUAUGAAAUCAAAAUUUUUAACAUUUUAUUAUAGUGUAUUUGAAAAUACAUAGUUAUAUUAAUUAUGAAAAUUAUAUAAGAUAUUAUUUAGUUUAUUUUUAAUUAUUUCAAACAUUUUCACUAUAAAAUUUUAAUAAAAUUUAUGCAAUUUAUUUCAUUAAUGGUGUGAUACAUAUUUUGAUAAAUUUUUAAUUACAAAAUUUAUUUGAUAUCAAUUUAUUAACUUUAACAUUUUAUUUAUAUACAGUAGUUAAUUUAAUAUGAAAACUUGUUUACGUAUAUAUGAAAGUAGUUUUCUAUUUAUGAAAAUAUAAAUAAAAUAAUCCAUUGUUUAAUUGUUUCAUAUUAUAUUAAAUUAUUUUGUAAUAUGUAAACCUGGAAAAAAUAUACUAUUAAUUUAGAACACGCUUAAGAAUUUUUUUAUAAUUUGAUUGACUCUAAAAUGUGACAUGGAAAUGAUGAUGUAUAUUGAUGACUCAAAUGUGACUCAAUUGCUUAAUGCCAUCUACGAUUAGCUUCUCUAAACUUGCUGACAUAAUUAAUGUGAGAUUACCGAUUCUAAACCAUUAUUAAUUACCUUUCUCAAUCUCAGUUAGCAUUAAUUUAUUAUCUAGUUAUUUUAAUUAAAAUUCGGAAGGUUUUUAUCCUCUAAUAACUGUUUGGUUCCAACUCUUAACAUAUUUAUAAACCGUAUUAACUAUUUUAUAAAAAAACUAGAAAAAAGUUAUAAAAAUUGAGGUUUGGAGAUAAGGGGUGAAAUUUGGGGAGGAGGGAUUUAAAAUUUUAAAAAUAGAAAAUAAAUGGUAAAUAAUUUAAAAUAUAAAAAAAUAGUUUCGAAAAGCAUUCUCGAAUUUUUAAAAGAAAAUAUGAAACUAAAAAAAGUUUUAAAAAAUAAAUUUGAAAAGAAUAAAUAGUUUGAAUUUGAAAACAUGUAAUUAGAAACUAUAAAUAAGAAAUUAUUUAUUAUUUAUAUAUCUAUAAAACAAGAGGAAAAAGAGUAUUCUGCCUCUUUAAUGAAACAUAGCUUGGUCAUUUUUUGUCUUGAAGAUUUUUUUGUGACAAAAACUUAAAAAAAAUUUUAGGAAAAUUGUCCAAUAAAUUAUUAUCUGUUAUAAUAUUUAUAGAAACUUUAUUUAGUAAUCUACCUCAUCAUCUAAUUAGCCUUCAAUUUACAAAAAAAAUAAAAAUAACCUUUAGCAUUCUAGAAACACAAGAAUUACAGCAGUUAUAAUCUGAUGAUUCGUGAACAUGCAAUAAGGAGCUUAUAAAUUAUAUUUUGAAAAUUCCAAAAUAAGGUAUAAAGUGCAUCACCUUUACAACUAAAAAGGAAAUUGUUUGGCAAAAAAAGAAAAAACUAAAAAGAAAACUGAAUGACAUUUUACAGAUCCUAUCGGUGUAUCUUGAUUAUCAUUUUUGUUGUCGGGUACGUAUAGAAUUUCAACCGUGACCCCUUCACCUAGCCGAGUCUGGUCAGUUCUAAAACCGGAUAUGAGCUGAACCCGUAAAAUCGGUUUGACAGCAAGAACCGGUGACCUGGCUUUACUGAAAAACCCGGUUUAUAAAUUCAAAUCUAACUAAACAUUUUUUUCUCAUUAAAUUAUAUGGUAAAGAUAGUUUUUUUUCUUUCAGUUUGCUUUGAUUUAGCUAGAUUUGAUAAAGCAAACGAAAAAGAAACAUUUUAUGUACACGAAAACAAAAAUAUAUAAAUGAAAUUUUUUACAGGAACUUGAACUGAUGUGACAAUGGAGAAGAAAGAGGAAGAAAUGUGGGUAUGUUGAAAUGGAAAAAAAAAAUAUUUGAAAAAAAUUAAAAGGUGGAUGAGUUUAUGGUAACGGAAUAAGUCAACAGAUUAUUAAUAUUUAGGCUUCGAAUCGUAACCGCGGUUUGUGUGAUAAAAACGGUGCAAAAUUGAAGUACGGUACGGUUCAACUACGGUUUGCAAAAUAAGUACGGUUUUGAUAGAAAAAAUAGUGCGAUUUUGAUUAAAAAAAAAGUAGUGCAGUUUUGAUAAAAAAUAAUAUAAAUAAAUAUGUUAAUAUAAUUAGAAAUUAUUUUUUUAAUGAUAAUGUUAUAUUAUUUUUAUAAUUAUAUAUAUAUUAAAAUUCAUUUUUAAAAUAUAAAUUCAUAUAUAAUAUAUUUUAAAUUUUUUAAUUCACAUUAAAUCCCCAUUUAACAUUUCGAAAUAAAAGUGAUAUUUUAAGAUUUGGUGACAUUGCAUUAUUUAUAUAUAGAUAGUGAUUGGUAACCGUGGUGCGGGGCGAAAUUACUAUAGGAAUUGCAUAAUUGAGCAAGUGUCACCAAUCACACAAACAGUUGAAUAACGCAGUUUACCAAAAAAACACAAAAAGCAAUAACGCACUAUUCUUUUUAUACAUGCAAUUUUUUUGAAAAACACACUAUGUUGUCCAACAGCAAAAGAGCUGUGGUUUUACAUAAAACAGCACUUAACAGUGUAAAGUGAUUUUAAUAAAUAUUUUCUUUUUAAAAAUUCAAUACCAUUAUUCAUUCACAUACUACAAUAAUUAUUAUUUUUAAUCAAAACCAUAUUAAUUUUCUUUAUAUCAAACUGAACUAAUUUUUUUAAUCAAAAUUGUCACCUAUCCUGCAUACCGCAUGAACUGCAAUUCAUCGUACUAUACUUUAAUUUUGUCUCUUUUUUUAUUACCAAAUCACCACUAUCAAAAUGUUAUUUUAGACUUAGACAUCCGGGUUUGGAUCGGGUCUGGGUUCUUGGAAUCCAUGAAACUUAGAUCCAUUUAGGUACUUAUAAUUUUUCGAGUUGGUUUUGGGUCAUAUCAGUUUAAUAACAUUAUAAAAAUAAAUUAUGACAUUAUCACUAAUCAAACAAAUUUAAUUUCAACUUGUAUUAAUGAAACUUAUAUUUUCGGGUUGGUUCUUGUUCGAGUAAAAUGUCCUCCCUCCUAAAUUUUAAAAUAUAGAGAACAUACAUGAAAAUUAAUUUUUUAAUUUAUAUAUAUCAAAAAUUUGUUUUAGAUGAAUUUUGAUAUUUAAAAGUUUCUAAAUAAUAAAUUAAAUUUAAUAUUCAUAACACUAAAUAUUUUUUAAUUUUUUUUAAUUAUAUUGAUUAUAUUGAUAUAUCUACUUUAUAUUAUUAAAUUGUGCUUAACUGUUCAAUUCCGCACAAUAGAGUUUACCAAUCAACACAAUUCUGCACCGCUAAUUUUAUCAAAACUUCACUUAUCCCGAAAAACGCACGAACCGUAGUUGAACCAUCCAGCACUUAAACUCCGUCCGCUUAUUUUACCAAAUCUGCGGUCACCAUUCGGACCCAUACUUAUAAUUAUAUGUAGUUAUUUUUCAUUAUCAUUUUAUUUUAUUUUUAAAUUUGCUUUAAUAAAACUACACACAAUAAAUGUAACACGUAAAAUAGCAUGAUGUAUUAGUUUAGAUAUGUGCAACAUUAAGCUAAUGAAUGGUAUGCGAAGUGUAUAUUUUAAAGUGGUAUUGUCAAAGACAUUCUUGAGUCACCAAUCAACAAUUUUUUCAGAAAAGUGUGCGGUUUUUAAAAAUAAAAAAGCAAAAACGCGAAUGUUAAAUUUACCUCUUACGUAGUUGAUAAUUGAUCAAAACCGCACUACACCUAUUGCCUAGCGUAUUUCACAAAUACGCACUAUGUUCAAGAGAAAAGAAUAUUGUUUUGUGUAUAAGGCACUUAUGUUCAAGAGAAAAAAAAAACAAUUAUUGUCUUCUGAAAAUUAAUUUGAUAUUUUUAUUUUUGAAAGUGUAGCAACUAGCACAUAUUUGAAAGUAACUAUUAUGCUAAAAAUGUAGUUGUAGACAUGUUAUUUAUUUAUUUAAUUCAAAUAACAAUUUUUAAUUUUACCAAUCAAAUAUUAUUCCUCAUAUUUGUUUUUAAAAUCACAUCCAUUAAUUUAUACAUAAAAGAUUAGUAAAUUUAAUUUUGACCAGUGUUUUGAAACUGGACCAGAUAGAUCUGUUAAACUGUGACUCGUUGUUUUACCCGGUUACAUGUUAUGUUAUGUUAAAAACCGUAUAUUAAUUAAAAAAAAAUUGAUUAAACGCGAUCAAAUUCACCAAAACGAGGAAUGUUUUUAAUAUCAUUUUUUUGCAAAUUAGAUUUAAAAGGAUUUUUUAAACUUUACCCGAUCAAAUUCACCACCCUCCAAAAUCUCCCCUCGUAUCAAAACUCUAAGUCUAUAUUACUUAGCUUUAUAGUUAUAAGUGUCUUACUUUUUUAACUAAAGAUAAACAUAGUUAAGGUAAACAUGGAAAGUUGUACUAAAAUGUGGUAAUUGAAGCAAUUUAUCAUAUAUCAAUAUAUUUAGUUUUAAAACAAUAAAUAUUUAAAAAUAUCAUUUAUAAACUGAACAUUUUGUUUGCUAUAAAAUUUAUCGAAUAAGAAUGCGCCAUAUAAAAUAAAUAACUUAAUAAAUAAUUUAUAUAAAUACAUAAACUACAGCCACAUUUUUAUUAAAAUUAUAUUUAAAAUUUUAUAUUUAUCACUAAAUAAAAAUGUUUCAUUUUUUUAGUUAUAUUAAUAUAUUUAUUUAUAUUACUUUUUCUAUCAAACCAUAUUUUUAUAUCAAAACCGCACUAUUUUUUUCUGUUAAAACCACAUUUGUCCCGCAAACCGCAUGAACCACAGUUGAACCGUACCACACUUCAAUUUCGUCUCGCUUAUAUUACCAAAUCCGCAGUUACCAUUCGGACCCUAAAAUAUAAACUAAAAUCAUAAUAUUUGGUGUGGUAUUAGCCGGACCGCUAGUUAUUUCCUAUCCAAAGUUUUCAAGUGCGGUUUUCUAGAUUAUAGGCUAUUUUUAACUGCUCAAAUCGUUUGCGUUUUUUGGACUUUCUCUUUCCAAAACCACACUGUUUUAAAAUGUUUUCGUGAUUGGCGACAUAACUGUGGUUUUGUGAAAACCGCAAUAAGAACUGCACUCAGACAUUCACCAUUCAUUACCUUAGUUUAAUACAAUUAAUGGUAAAAAGGAAGUAUGUCUGUAUAUAUAUUUAUUUGGUGACGUCAUUAUAUAUACAUAUACAUAAAACUAUUAUUAAAACCCUUUGUACCGGUUAAACUGUGACUCACAUAUUUCACAUGUUCAUUAUCCGGUCCAGUUUUUAAUACAUUACGUAUAACCAACAUGUUGAUAAUAAUUAAGAAAACUAUGUGAUUUUUCCGUUCUCAUGCACGGAUAUAAAUAUUUAUAAAAUAAAUAUACUAUAAUAAUUGAUUGUUAUUUAUUUUUAAUUUUAAAUUAAUUUAUAAUUUGUAUGCACAAUUUAUAUUAAUAAUAUUAUAUUACUUUAAUUAGACAUAUGAUUUUAGAUAUGUUAUAUCUAUUCGGUUUUGUUGUUUUUACACUCAAUUUAGUUAUCAUUUGAGUAUAUUAAAUUGCAUUUAUUUCUCUAAAUUCAACUAUAAUAUUUUUUAAUAAAUAUAUUAAAAUUAUGAUUUUUCUUAUUUGCAUUUACGUUGUUGUUUUCUUAGAAAUGUAAAUAUAUUUAAGGAAAAUUAUGUAUAACUUAAGAUGUAUUGUGCUUAGAAUGAAAUAUAAAAUAAACUAUAGUGUUUGAUUCCAAAUUACGUAAAUUAAUAUAACGAUAAUAUUCUACAGUCUCAUGCAUAUAUAAAUUUUA